AUGGCCAGAGAACGUACAGGCGAUACCUUACGUACUGGACCAGAAAUAAUCCACGAGACAACUGAAAAGAUCAUGCAAAUUAAGGAUCGAUUAAAGGCUGCACGUGAUCGUCAAAAGAGCUAUGCUGACGUAAGACGUAAGCCUUUAGAAUUCCAAGUUGGAGAUAAAGUAAUGUUGAAAGUCUCUCCUUGGAAAGGUGUAAUUCGAUUCGGGAAACGAGGCAAACUAAACCCACGAUAUAUAGGACCUUUUGAAAUUCUUGCAAGAAUUGGUUCUAUCGCAUACCAACUCAAGUUGCCUCAAGAACUAAGAAAUGUGCACGAUGUUUUUCACAUAUCAAACCUCAAAAGAUGUCUAUCCGAUGACACUCUUGUUAUACCUCUCGAAGAGAUACAAGUCAAUACGAAACUCAACUUUGUAGAAGAACCUGUUGAGAUCAUGGAUCGAGAAGUCAAACGAUUAAAGCAAAGUCGUAUUCCCAUAGUGAAAGUUCGAUGGAACUCUUUGCGAGGACCUGAACUUACUUGGGAACGUGAAGAUCAGAUGAAAGAAAAAUACCCCCAACUGUUUAACGAAACCCCAUCCAUAAGAUAA